AUGAUGACAAAACCUCAAGUGCAUAAGGAGAAUGAAGAUCAUGUACAUGAAGAUGCCGAUGUUGAUACUUCUAGAGCUAAUGAUGGUGUUGUUAACAACCAUGAACAUGCAAAGACUCUAGGUGAAGAUGUGAAUGAAAGCUAUUGUACUUCGAAUGGCAAUAAGUAUAUAUUGAUUUCAAAUGAUAUGACUACCCAAAUUAAUGAAAGUGUUGAUUUCAUUAGGUUGAUGGAUGAGAAUAGUACAUUUCUUAAUAGGUACUUAAACGUAGAAACGAAAGACCUUCCUUGUGCCAACAUAAAGGAUCAUGUGGUGAAGAUGAACGACAACAUUGAUAAUGGUGUCAAUGCUCAUGAAGAAUAUAUUUUUAUGAAUAAUAGAGUUCAUGUUGAGUUUGUACAAAGUACUAAAGAUACUGAUCCCUACAUACAUAUGUUGAAGAGAAAUGAUUUAGGGAGGAUAGAUACUGAAAGAGAGACUCCAAAAUAA